CCCCGCUGAACGCUCGAAUUUCCCUCAAUAUAAGGCGUAAUGAGUGCGCGGCUACUCCCGAGAGCGCCAUUCAGUUCCCGCACAGAUGUUGGAACGAUUCAAGUCCAAGCUUUCAAGGCGCUCUAAUUCGUCGAGCAGGCCUGUCAAUUCAUCUUCAAGUAUACGGGCACCGGAACCCCUUCCCGAAAAGCUCGGUCUGAUCCCCCUCUUCCCUGGCGAGGGCCAGCCAGAUGUGUCGGCUCCAAGAACGUACCCUGUGGACAUCAUUGCGAUUCAUGGCCUCAAUGGAGAUGCUUACUCUACUUGGACCCAUUUCCCAGAGGGAGAGGGAGAGGGAAAGCUGUGGCUUCGUGAUAUUCUUCCGGGGUCUCUGCCUGGUUGCCGGGUCUACACGUACGGCUACCCUUCAAAAGUUUUCUCCGACUCAUUCGCAGGGGUACACGAAUCCGCAAGGUUACUUUUAGCCCACAUAAGAGACAUACAGGACGACCCAGCUAUUGGUCAGCGUCCGAUCAUCUUUGUUUGUCACAGCCUUGGUGGCAUCGUUUGCAAGCAGGCGCUAGUGAUAGCCCACGAGGAUGAUAACCUCUAUGGACUCGUGUUGAAAUCGGUAAUCGGCGUGGUGUUUCUGGGAACUCCUCACGGAGGCAGUGGUGUUGCAGAUAUCGUUAGCGUGUUUGCAACGAUUGUCAAUACUUUUACGGUAACUGCAUCAGCCGGGAUACGACAUAGGACAGCCAGAACCGAUCUGCUAGACCAUAUUCGUUCUGACUCUAAGGCGCUCUAUAGCCUUGUUUUGGCCGCUCGCAACCGGCUGGCAAAGCUCUCGGUCGUCUCUUUCUUUGAGAACUACCCGAUAGCUCCAUUGUCCUCGCUUAUCGUCGACCAGAAAUCUGCCACGCUAGGUAUACCGAACGAGGAAGUCAUCCCUCUGAAUGAGGACCACAGGACUAUCUGCCGCUUUUCUGGGGAGACGACGAGCUACAAACUCGUAGCCAAUGCCCUUAAAAGGAUUGCGUCUGUAACCGCAGAGCAAAACUCAGUACUACAGCGCUCGGAAACUCACUCGUCGAGUAGAUCCCUCAGUGAAGCUGAACGAGCCUGUGUGAGACUACUCUACUCCAGCACCUUUACUGAUGAAGACGAAGACCUGAACAGAUCUAAGCCUCCAACGCCAACCCCAGGCACUUGCCAAUGGAUCCGCACCCACAAUGCAUUUGUGUCCUGGCUUGAGAGAAGCAGCAAUGCUCUUCUUUGGUUGACAGGCCAUCCUGGCUGCGGCAAGACAAUCCUAUCUUUUGCUUUGGCCCAAUACUUUCGUGAAAGUUGGGCCGGAAAGAAAUCCCACAAUGUCCUCUUUCAUUUUUGCGACAGCACACAUGGCAAACAGACGGAUGCCAGAAUAGUACUCAUCAGCCUGAUCCUCCAGAUUAUCAAUCGCCGACAUUCCAUGAUUCGAUACGUUCGGCGGGUGUUCGAGAUGCAGGGACAAAGUAUGACUCGAUCUUUCUCCGCGCUUUGGGGUAUUUUCCUCCAGAUUGUCAGAGAUCCGCGCGCUGGCUCUUUCUACGUCAUUCUGGAUGCAUUGGACGAAUGUGAGAAAUCCUCCUGUCGUCAGCUCCUCGAGUCAAUCUCCGGAAUGCUGGCAGACUCUCAACAUUCAGCACAGAGCAGUACCAUUGUCAAGUUCCUCAUAACAAGCCGUCCCUUUUUCCAUCGGUUAUAUGCUAGCGCCAAUCAAAUCCUACGGCCUCAGAUAUCUAUCGACGAGGGGCAGGCCGGCUACGUGGCAGACUUGCACAAUUUCAUCGAACAGAGAGUUGAGGAACUAUCUCUCAAUCGGCGAUAUCCAAACGAUGUCAAGGAAUAUUUGCUAAACGCGUUGCGCGCCAAAGCCGAUCAAUCGUUCCUUUGGAUUCAUGUCGUUCUUGUAUCGUUAGAGGAAAGUCUUAUGACUUCCGUGAGAGAUAUCCAAACCCUCAUCGGCAGUAUUCCCGACAAACUUGCGGAUACAUACACGCAAUAUCUUGCCACCAUCCCGUCUGGCCAUCAGGACCAUGCUGCGCAAUUUCUAAAGCUUCUGCUAGCAAGCUCAAGACCCCUGCACCUGAACGAAAUUAACAUCGCUUUCACGAUUAAUGCGUCCCAUGCUACCAACGAGGACGUCACUCGGGACACACAGAGUUCGAUGGACUUUACCAUCCAAGGAGUCUUGGGUCCUCUGGCACGUGUCUCCGAAUACCAUGUGUCUUUGAUCCAUCAAUCGCUGAAAGAGUUUCUUCUAGACGCUGGCAAAAUACCCGGCAGCUUCUGUGCCACACGCCUGGUCAACAUGGAGGAUUCAGCGUUACAAAUGGCCUCUGCUUGCAUGGAAUACAUUUGUCUUGAUGACUUCAGCGUCGAUCUAUUUUCGCCAGUCACUCCAUCUAGUAAAUCUACCUUUAGCUAUUCUGAUCUUCAGGCAGAGUUACUUGUGGGCGGUUUUUCAGAGGACUUCUGGGAUGACGAAGCACAUUAUCUUACAUCCGAUACGCUGUUUCGUGAGCCAGACGAGCUCAAUCCAGAGAUCUGCAAUUCGAUCAACUCAAAAUACGGGUUUUACAGCUAUGCCUCGUUGCAUUGGGCAGAACAUUUUGCUCUUUGCGAGGGAAGCGCAUCCGACAGGCUCAAAGAGAUGGCCAAAACACUAUUGAAUGUUGAGAGCGGAUACUGUCGCAACUGGUUGCAAUUUCACCGCACACAAUCUACCGACUUAGUUGACAACCUCACAAGUCAGCAUGCUAUUGUUUUGGCGGCAUAUUUCAACCUACACCGUACCUUGCAAGAUCUUCUUGAUAGUUGCGACGCCACCGAGAGUGUCAAGAAUCGAGGUCUCUAUUGGGCGUCCCGCCUUGGCCAUGAUCAGGUUGUUACUGUUCUGCUCGUGGCUGGCGCGAAUCCUAAUUCGCAGGAAAUAGAAAGACAGACCGCAGUCACCACUGCAUCUGAACACGGCAAUUUGUCAUGCAUUUCGGCAUUAGUAGGAGACAAACGGACCAAUAUCUCUGGGCGGGGACGACAUGGGAGGUCUGCCUUGUCAUUCGCGUCGGGCAACGGACACAUUGACAUCGUGACGGAGCUACUUUCUCGAGAUUGUAGUAACGCUGAUGAUACGGAUGCCUCUGGGUUUACGCCUUUUCUUUGGGCAGUGGGUGGAGGCCACCGCUCAAUCGUUUCGGCCCUGGCGAGACACCCCAAUGUUAAUAUCAAUCACCGAGACAAAACAGGACGUACAGCCGUAUCAUGGGCUGCCGGAGAUGGAAUGGUUGAUAUUUUAAAAGAUCUGCUUAGGCUGCGAGGCAUAGACGUUAACAUCAAAGAUAAGGGCGGAAAAUCGCCACUCUCCUGGGCGGCAGGUAACGGAUGUACCGAUACGGUCGAGGUGCUCCUCAGAAACAGAGCGGUAGAUAUAGCAAGCGUUGAUAAAGACAAGAGAAGCGCGAUAUCUUGGGCUUGUGGCGGCGGUCAUCACGAUGCGCUGAUUAAAUUGUUGGACAGAGCACGGUGGGGAGUAGACACGGAAGACAUUGACGGGUGGACGCCCCUAGCGUGGGGCAUACAGAAGGAAACGCCCAAAACAGUCGAAGCUCUUAUAUCUACUGGCAGCGUCCAAAUUGAACGGCGCGACCGAAGUGGAAGGACAGCGUUGUCUUGGGCCGUUGCGUACGGACACAUGCCCGUGGUGAAGACACUUCUGCAAGCAGGAGCUGAUCCUGGAGCUAGAGAUGACUAUGGCAGGACACCUUUAUCUAUUGCAAGACAGUUGGGAAGGGAUGAUCUGGUAGGUGAGCUUCAGAAGCACAUUGUCGAGGACAUAGAUAAGUAGCAGUUGUUCUUCGGGAUAGGUCAUAAAAUACACUUCUCAAACUCAAUAUUCGAGCGUGAUAUUGUAGCAAUUUGCAACGCAGUAGUGAUGCACGGUUGGGUGGUGCCACUCCCAUUCUUUGGACCCAUGUGUGGGGCAUAU